AUGAAUGAGAAGGGCGAGAUGAAAAAGGAGGUGGAGAAGAAGAAGUGUGUCAGCCACUUAGGGGGCAAACUGGCCUUAAUGCUCCAAGAGAAUGAUCGUAACAGCAGCACCCCUAUUCAGAACACCGAGGUCGCUUGUGUUGAGAUCGCCGGUCUCUGCCAUGACCUCGGACACGGUCCCUUUUCUCAUGCCUUUGAAGACAUCAUACAACCAUAUGAAGAUGGCAACAAAUGGAAACCUGAUAAGCAGGCGGUCUUCAUGCUCAAAUAUCUCAUCAAGCAUAACAGCCUAGAGAAGAAGCUCGCAGAUCUAAAAAUCUACGCCGAAGAUAUCGACUUCAUCUGUCAGCUUAUUCUGGGUGUUAAAGAGGAUGACGAAAUGCUUCGUGAGAACAAGUUCUGCCUGUAUCAGUUAGUGAACAACAGCGUAUACGGGAUGGACGUGGACAGAUGGGACUAUAUUGCUCGGGGCGCCCACUACCUACAUGUAGGCAGGAAGUCUACAUUCGACUUCAAAAGUAUUCUGUCCUCCGUGAAGAUUCUCGAUGUUAAGCGAGGCAGUAAGACCAGGAGGGAACUCUGCUUUAGAGACGAGGUAGCGAGAGAUCUAAACCAAAUGUUUCUCACAAGCCGCCAGCUUAACUACGCAUCUUACCAGGAUAGGCACAGCGAGGUCAUCGCCAUCAUGCUGAAGGACGCUUUCAAAGAAGCAGCUGAUCAUCUCGUAUUCGUUGGUGAAGGCGGAAAGAAGUACAAAUUAUUGGAUUCUGUGAAGGACCCCGAGGCCUUCUGCCAAGUCGAUGACACCAUUGUAAACGCGAUCAGGCAAUCACUAUCUCAAGAACCAGGAAUGAUGAAGGCACGGGAGAUAAUAGACCGGAUACACAGGAGAGAAUUCUAUCAUUGCAUUGCAGAAUGCAAGCAUGCCAAAGAAGAGAUGGGUACAAUGGAUCCAGCUGAGAUUAAGCGGGAGAUCUUAACUGAUGUUGACGAACUUUCAUCACCUUCGUCCUCAUCUUCAAGUGAGAUAUGGCAAGCUCACAAUAUCGAAGUCAUCUCAGUCAAGUUAUCACGAUUUGACUGUGGAGGCAGAAACCCUCUCAUCAAUAUCCCGUUCUACAAGGAAUCAAGUGAUGGUACAUUUGUUGCCGAGUUCCUACCAGUGGACGAGCUCCAAGCCGACCUGCCACCGGUAGACGUCUCCUUCCGCAUCUACACUAAGGUACCCAAAUUAGAUCGAGAGACCGUCAACAUGGCCAAGUCCAGAUGCGAGACCAGGCUAGAAAUGAUUCAUGAGAGGCAACGCUCCGUCCCAACUAAACCCGUCAAGCAGAAGGUCAAGAGUCCACCAAUUGGACCAGUGGCUCCUAGCCCGCCAUUAAGCGCCGUUGGCCCUGUGACCAGCCCCAGUUCCGGUUCAGGUUCGUUUGUCAGUACUGAUGGGGACGAAGGUAUUCCAAGUCUGAUGUCGAACCCUCCUGAUGCUGUUGCUGCUGUUGGUACGGGGCCGGCUGAGUCUAAUCCUCGAGGUUCGCGAUCUCCUGAACCAGAGGUUAAGCUACACUAG